AUGGACAACGUUACGGAGACAGCGGCACUUCCAGAAGGGGUCUCUGGCUAUCGGCUAUACCAUGGUUAUGUCAGCCUUGUGGUCUGCUCAUUGGGAAUAGGUCUGAAUAUCCUUAACGCCUUCAUAUGGUCCAGAAAAUGUAUGAGAUCAUCCACCAACCUCAUUCUGACAAUGUUAGCCAUUACAGACUGCCUGUGCCUCUUUUUUUAUUUGAUUUACUCCUCCUAUCUCUUCAUUGCCACGGGACCUAGUCAGCUAUUGUAUCACCCAAAAGUAUGGAUGUUCGUUGUGGUGAUAACUUUCCAUGAAUUCAUUGCAUUUCAUACCACAUCUAACUGGCUUACCAUUUCUCUUGCAAUAUUUCGUUAUAUCAAAGUGUGCCAUCCAAAUGCCGCAAAAGUAUGGUGUAAUAAGAGAAGAGCAAAGUUGACUGUCGUUAUUGUGUUUGUAACAACAGCAAUGGCCACCAUUCCAUUUUAUUUUUACUAUGAAGUGUACAAUGUUUCCGAGGACUAUCCCACUCUCACAGGCUAUUGGAUAAGGAAAACAAACUUUGCCAGAAACAACAUUGACUACCAAACAAUAUUGUUGUGGUUGUAUGGUGUUAUAUUUAAGGUUUGUCCUUCAAUUGCAAUGAUAAUCCUCAGCGCUCUGAUGAUAAGGAAACUACAUAAAGCCCAGAAGAGACAGAGGGUAUUCACCGUUGGUCGCGAGAGUCACGUGAGCAACCAUCGAGGGUACUGUCGCACUACAGUAAUGCUCAUUGUUAUUUUAAUGAUCUAUGUUCUUAUGGAACUACCAAUUGGGAUUUCAGCAUUCACUUCCGGUUUACAAGGAGGAGAGAGUCAUUUUUUUUACUUUCUUUUGUAUUCGGAAGUCGGGGACAUUCUUGACAUGUUGACAUUACUGAAUGCUUCUGUUAACUUUGCCGUGUAUUUUGCUUUGAGUCAUCAAUUUAGAACCGUGCUCAAGGGAAUAGUUCUUCGAAAAUCAGUCUCAGAAGUGCAUUUUGGAUCCGAUUCGACAGAAAUGUCCGGAUCAAGGACUGCCUCGGUGUAUACAGUUCCAGUGAUAUGGAAAUCUAUCAAGCAGAAGCUUCAUCUUUAG